ACACUUUUACUAUAUUCUUCGAGAUAAUCUUACAGAUAUGACUCGCAUUUCUGUCGGCGUUAUCUUAAAAGAAAAAUUCCGAAAUCUAGGAUAUGUUAUCGGAAGGCAUCCCUUACCAUUCCUGAUUAUUCCAAUUGUAUUCACAGCGAUAUCGACUAUUGGUAUAUUAAGAUUUAGUUACGUACAGGAUGCGGAUUAUCUAUACAAUCCUCAAAACAGUAAGGCAUUCUACGAGAGGCAAACUGUAGAAAAAACUUUUCCUAUGAAUAAAUCGUCAGAUUUUGAACCCGGCAGACUGACACGAUUAGGCAAAUUUGGAUGGAUGUUAAUUUAUCCUAAAGAUGGAGGAUCGGUAUUGAGAGAAUCGAUCUUAGACACGCUGUAUACAAUUGAUAAAAUUGUUAACAAUAUAAGCAUCGAAUGGAAGGGUGAAAAGUUGUUCUAUAAAGAUUUAUGCGCUAAAAAUAAUGGAAAAUGCUACGAAAAUGUGAUAUUUUCCUUAAAGAAGUGGAUAAAAGAUAUCGAAAGGAACCGAUCGUUUGUAAAAUAUCCUAUACUUUUGAACGAAGAAACGUACUCCUUAAAAUUCUUUGCUGCCAGUUUAGGGGGUGUGACGGUUGACGAUUUAGGAUACGUGACUUUUGCCAAACUAGUCAGGUUAAUGUACUUUUUGAAUGACCAGGGCGAAGAGAAUUUAGAGAAAACUUACAAGUGGGAAACUGUAUUUUUAGAUGAAAUGAAAAAUGUGAAAUUCCCAAACGUGGAUGUGUUUUAUUUCGUAUCCUCCUCUUUAGAGAGGGAAAUUCAUAAUAUGAUAACUGAUAUUAUACCGUAUUAUGUUCUUUUGCUGGUCAUAAUGUUAACGUUCUGUUUUAUAUCAACGUUAACUAAAGAUUGGGUGAGAAGCAAACCCUGGUUAGGAGUAGCCAGCGUGUUAUCUGUGGGUAUGGCCAUAUUCACUUCUGUGGGCGUAGUCUUCGCAUGUGGAGUACCAUUUAUUGAUAUACUCGUUGCUGUGCCAUUUUUGCUUCUAGGUAUUGGACUGGAUGAUACUUUUGUAAUGUUGGCAGCGUGGAAGAAAACUGAUCCAAACGCAAAGGUGGACGAACGAAUUUCUCAAACACUUAGCGAAACUGCAGUGUCGAUAACAAUCACUUCACUUACAAAUUUCAUAUCAUUCAUGUUUGGUUUCAUGACCCCUUUUCCGGCUGUGAAAAUAUUUUGUUCAUUUGCUGCCACUGGCAUAUUCUUCACUUACUUGUACCAAAUCUCUUUUUUCAGUGCAGCUGCAGCGAUUUUUGGUAUUUUAGAACAGAAAAGAUUUCACUCCCUUUUCUUCGUUCCUAUGAAACCGAGUAAGAAAAAGAAUGUCAUUCACACUCUAUUAUGUUGUACAUCCGAGUCUACUGAUUACCAAGACGAUAAAAUAAUGGCAUUUUUUCGAGAUACUCUUAGCUAUUAUUUUUCCUACAAAUGGUUUAAAAUCUCUAUAAUUUUUACCUAUAUCGUGUACUUGUCAUUUGCAAUUUUCGGUUGUUUUUACUUAAAAGAAGGAACAGAGCUCCAUUUCUUCACACCAUUCAACUCUUACGCCGCUACAUUUCUUAAUCACUUCUUCGAGGAUUAUCGAGAAUAUCGAGAUAGGAUCCAAGUGAUCAUACCCACAACUUUAAACUAUGCAGAUCCUAAAGUGAGAGACGAAAUUGAAGAUAUGAUGCGAAAACUUGAAGCUACCCCUUACAUUGCUAAUAAAGAACUGACGGAAUCUUGGUUGAGAUAUUUUAAGACAUUUCAGAAUGAUCCAAGAGCUUCUAUUUAUUUGCGUAAAUACAAUUUCAGCGCUAAAAGUGAUUAUUUGCACGCAUUGAGGAAUAUGUUUCUGAAUUAUCCACCGGCCAUAAGAUUUAGAAAUGACAUCAUUUUCAAUGAAAAUUUCACAGAAAUUACUGCUUCGAGAUUCUUGAUCCAAACAAAAGUCACCGGUGAUUUUAACGAUGCCAAAUUCAUGUUGGUAAGAUUGAGAGAAAUUGUAAAUAAUGCUUCCUUCCCGGUCUUCUUGAGUCAAUUUUUCUUUCCCUUCUAUGAUCAGUUUCUAACUAUUGGUGCCAUUUCCCAGCAAACUUUAUUAACUUGUGGUUGCACCAUGUUGUUUCUCAUCAUUUUAUUCAUUCCCGAUAUACGCUGCUUCAUUGCUGCUGUAUUAAACAUGGUUUCGAUCGAAAUCGGAGUUAUAGGAUACAUGUCGUUCUGGGGUGUCAAUCUGGACACAGUUACUAUGAUGGUGUUAAUCAUGUGCGUUGGAUUUUCGGUCGAUUAUGUGGCCCAUAUGGCCACGUCGUAUCUCGAAUCGGACGAGAAAACCGAUAUGGAACGUUUGAAGCGUGCUCUUCAUUCUGUGGCUACUCCAAUCGUCCAGGGAAGCUUAACCACAAUUUUAGGAGUUAUCGUGAUUUUAGCAUGUCCUAGUUACAUAUUUCUGUGUUUCGUGAAAAUAGUAUUUCUAUUGAUAACAAUAGCAGCUUUCCACAGUAUACUUUUGCUUCCGCUAUUAUUUGUUUUUCUCGAUAAUGUCCUACCGGAGUAUUUGUUAACAGUUGGAAGAAGGAGUAAAAUUGUUUCUUCAGUAUGUGAAACAAUUACAGAACGCCAAGAAAGUACGAAAUUGUUUGAAGGUACGAUGCAUUCGUAGGUUUUAUUAUUCCACUUAAAUUAAAAACUGUACAUUUAUUUCUAUAAUAUGAG